CUUCCUUUUCGGUUGGAGUAUUCGAACACACAAAAAGCCCUCGCGCCAUGGAGCCCGGGGCCGCGCUGCUGGCGGAACUGCGGGAGAAGCUGCGGGAUUCGCCGCUGGUGCGGGUAAACCGGCAGCUCAAGGACAAAGGAGACCGAGACACGACCCUCGUGGACUUUUCCGUGCUGGAGGAGGCGCCCAGACGACUUGAUCGACAGAACCUGGCGCUGGGUACAGGCAGAUGCACGGGCCAGCCGUGCGGUGGGGAGCCUGCUGGGGCUUGCAGCGGCUGAUUGGGUUGGCUCCCCCCUGGAGUUCCUCGAGGUCACAGAUGAGCCGGGAGAGAGCCGCUGGGAUCAUGACAGCUUCAGCUGCUUGAAUCCCAACCGCUUCGAGAUCGAGCGGGGCUUGAUGCAGCCGGGGCAGUGGACGGACGACACCUCAAUGGCGCUGUGUUUGGCGGACUCCCUGCUGCUUUGCGAAGGCCUGAAUGGCUCCGACCUGCGGCUCCGCUUCUGGUGUUGGUACGGGGAGGGCAUGAACAACCCCUUCCGUCUCGACAAGGAGCGGAAGAAGCGGAAGAGCUUUGGCCUGGGUUACAACACAGCCAAAAGCCUCAUGGCUCUCAAACCCGACCUGCCCAUCGAGCCGGAGUACAUCAACCCUGGGAGCAGCGACUCCGGCAACGGUGGGCUCAUGCGCUUGGCUCCAGUGGCCAUCUUCUACAACCUGCCAGAGCGGGUGGAGGAAACGCUGGAUGCGGCUGCCAAGUCCAGCUUAGCCACCCACCCAGGCGCGCUUGCAACGGAGACUGCCCGGUUUCUGGCCUUCCUCCUGCACGCCGCCAUCAACCGAGCGGAGGACGCCAGUGCCCGAGAUUUCCUGGUUCA